GUCCCUCAGGAGCAGCUGAGAGAUAACCGGAGAUAACCGGAGGUAACCGGAGAUAACCGGAGGGGCAACCGGAGAGAUGAAGACUCCUCCGGACAGAUCGGGGAUCAUCUUCGAGGUUGGAGCUCAACUGCAGGCCCGAGACCGCCACAAGAACUGGUAUCCGGCCACCAUUGAGAAGAUCGACUAUGACAAGGAGCAGGUGUUGAUCCAUUACCGUCAGUGGAGCCGUCGGCAUGAUGAAUGGUUCCAGUGGAGCUCUCAGUACCUGCGUCCGCUGGAGCGCGUCAGCCUGAGGAGACAGAGCCUGACCCAACCACGGACUCCACCCUUGUUUGUUUCAGGUUCGAAGGUUCUGGCCUGUUGGACCGACUGUCGCUUCUACCCGGCCAAAAUCCUCCGAGUCAACAAGGACGAGUCCUACACGGUGCGUUUCUAUGACGGCGUGGUUCGGACGGUGAAGCCCACCAAGGUCAAACCCUUCCAGAAAAAGUCCAGAUCUGAGAAGAGUGCGGUGGGAAGCGAGGGAUGGGAGGAAGGAGAGAGCGAGGAGGAGGAAGCAGGAGAAAGAGAGGAGGAGGAGGAGGAGGAGGAGAAGAAGGAAGAAGAGGAGGAGGAGGAGGAGAAGGUGACGUCAGAGGAGAAGGAAGGAGCUGCUGAGGAGGGGGAGGAGGAGGGGGAGAGGAAGAGGAAGGCUGAACCUUCAUCCUCCCAUCCACCAGCGAAGAAGAAAGCCGAUGAUAGUAGAAACCAGCCAAUCACAGCUGACCCCGCCCUCCCAAACCCCGCCCACAUCGACAGAGACGUCCUGCUGGAGCGUCAGGCUCACCUGCCCACCACACACAAGUUCAGCAGAGAGCCCUUGUACAGGGUGAUAAAGAACCAGCCCCCCCCCAUCCUCUCCAUCGAGUUGGAUCACAACCCGUUUAAGUGUCCCGUGGCCGGCUGCACCAAGUCCUUCAGGAAGGCCAGCCUGCUGCACUACCACAUCAAAUACUACCACUCUGAGCUGGACGAGCACGACACACACAGGAGGAAGCGGUUGUCCUCAGAUGGAAGUGACUUCCUGUCAGACGUGAAGAAUGACAACCAGAGUGGUUACUCCUGUCACCGUGACGACAGAGAGCACGGCAUCAUGGGAACAGAGCUGAAGAAGGAUGGAGCGAGGGACGGAGCGAGGGACGGAGCGAGGGACGGAGCGAGGGAGAGAGCAGAGGGACAGGAGCGGAAGGAGAGGAAGAACUUCCUGAGAGUCAAACUGAAGAAGAAGAAAAAGAAGAAGAAGAAGAGUCAGUCAGGACUCGGCAGCAGCGACGAUGAAAACUCAGAUCAACCUGCUGUUACUGUGAAGCUCUCAACAGGACACACACACACACACACACAAGCUGACGACGGCAGUGAUUGGUCGACGCUCACGGCAGAGAGCGGAGAGGAUACGUCCUCUUGGCCGGUUGCUAUGGAGACGGAGGAGUGUGAGGUGGUGAGGUGUGUGUGUGAGGUGGACGAGGAGAACGACUUCAUGAUCCAGUGCGAGUCGUGUCUCUGCUGGCAGCAUGGAACCUGUAUGGGUCUAUACGAAGACAACGUUCCUCACAACUACAUCUGCUACUACUGCAGACACACAGCAGGUUGGAGGCGGGCUCAGCGGUUCCUCUCGGAGCCUGAUUUGCUGAUCUCGGGUCACAUGUUCGGUCUGUCGUGUGUGAAGGAGAAUUACUCUGAGAUCAACGCCGCCAAGAUCUCCCACACCAGCUCGCUGCUAGCACACACACACGGCCUCAGCCAGGUGCUCAGCGGCCUGCAGCUCAAGAUCAGCCUGUUACACUCCACAUCCCACCCGGACCUGCAGCUGUGGCGGUUGCCGUGGAGACGGGAUGAGGGACAGAAACUGGCCAGUCUGAGAGGAGAGACCGUCUGUUACGUCAGCAGCGAGCACUGUUACCAGAAACCAGGAGCAUCAUGGGAAAAAACCAAGCUGGACGCUGAGCAGACGGACAUAAAGCUGGAGGACGAGAAGCCGAGCGUCACGUCUGCAGAACACACAACUAACACUGUGACACACACACACGCUCACACACACGCUCACACACACGCUCACACACACGCUCACACACACGCUCACACACACACACACACACACGCAGCAGAGCCGACGGCCGAGUGUCAGCUGAACCUGCUGGAACACGUCGAGUCUGUUCAGCAGCAGAUCAACACGAGGAUGGAGCUGAUAGAGAGAGAGCUGGACGUGUUGGAGUCCUGGUUGGACCAUUCGGGCGAGCUCGAGCCUCCUGACCCUUUGUCCCGCCUCCCGCAGCUCAAACAGCGAAUCAGACGGCUGCUGCGUGACCUGUGUACUGUGAGGCACCUGUCAGUCUGCCGCUGACCCCCCCCCCCCCAGCUGAUCACUCUGAACACCAGCAACAUGUAACAUAAACCCAUCUGAGGAUGAACGAGUGACUCUCCACACUGAUGCUUUUAUAAUUAGAACUAACUUCCUGUCAGUAACUACACAACUACACAACUACACAACUACACACAUAGGGUACGACAAACCAUCUAACAGCUAGUGUGUGUGUGUGUGUGUGUGUGUGUGUGUGUGUGUGUGUGUGUGUGUGUGUGUGUGUGCGUGUGUGUGUGUCAAAGCCUAACUAUUACUAACAGCUGCUGUCUGCUGAGAUGGUCCGACAGCGAUCACUAGCAGUCAGUAUAAUAAAAUAUUAUAUUAUACUAUAUUAUAUUAUAAUAUAAUAUAAUAUAUUAUAGUAUAGUA